AUGCUGCCGGACGCCGCGGCGCUGCUGCUGGUGGUGGUGAUGGUGGUCAGCCUUCGCUCAGCAGCGGGAGGAGGCGCGGCAGGCUACGCCCAAGUGAAGUACAUGCAGCCCAUGGUAAAGGGACCCCUGGGACCCCCCUUCCGCGAAGGCAAAGGGCAGUACCUGGACAUGCCACCGCUGCUGCCGAUGGACCUCAAAGGGGAGCCAGGACCACCAGGGAAGCCUGGCCCACGUGGACCCCCCGGGCCCCCCGGCUACCCAGGAAAGCCGGGCACGGGGAAGCCGGGAAUGCACGGCCAGCCCGGGCCUGCUGGGCCCCCCGGCUUCUCGGGCAUCGGGAAACCCGGCAUCCCAGGACUCCCCGGAAAGGCGGGUAUGAAAGGGAUGCCAGGAGCCAAGGGCGAGCCCGGCAUGCGAGGAGAGCAAGGACCAAGAGGACUGCCUGGCCCCCCAGGGCUGCCGGGGCCAGCCGGCAUCUCAGUCAAUGGGAAGCCGGGCCCUCAGGGGGGCCCUGGCCUGCCUGGAUUUCGGGGCGAACCUGGCCCAAAAGGAGAGCCAGGUCCUCGCGGAGAGCGAGGGAUGAAGGGUGAAAAUGGCGUGGGGAAGCCAGGGUUACCGGGGCCCCGGGGAAACGGGGGCCCUCCUGGCCCCGCGGGGCCCCCAGGGCCUGUCGGCAUUGGAAAGGCCGGCCUCGACGGCCUGCCGGGCGCGCCGGGGGAGAAGGGCGACAUUGGCCCUCCGGGUGGGCCUGGCAUCAACGGGGAGCCUGGCCCCAUCGGGCCCCGCGGGCCCCCCGGCAUCGACGGGAUCGGUGUCCCAGGCGCCGCGGGGGUGCCGGGGAUACAGGGCCCCAUGGGACCGAAGGGAGAGCCUGGGAUCCGCGGCCUGCCUGGUUUGCCGGGUCCAACAGGCUACGGGAAGCCGGGCUUGCCCGGCAUAAAAGGAGACCGUGGGCAGCCCGGGGUGCCAGGCAUCAUUGGCGAUAAGGGGGAACCCGGCGUUGACGGGGAGCCUGGUGAGCCAGGACCUGCCGGCAUCAUUGGGCCACCAGGCCCACCAGGGUCCAUGGGCCUGCCAGGCAAGCAUGGGCUGCCUGGCUCCAAAGGGGACGUGGGGCCGAGUGGGCCCCCGGGAAUGCCGGGGAUGCGUGGCGACCAGGGCCCCAACGGCUUUGCGGGGAAGCCGGGGGUGCCAGGAGAAAGGGGCCUGCCUGGAUCACUGGGACCCCCUGGCCCAACGGGCCCCAAAGGAGAACCAGGGUUCAUUGGCCUCCCGGGGGUGCCAGGAUUAACGGGCGGCCCUGGGCCAAAAGGGGACGGUGGGAUCCCGGGGCAGCCAGGGCUGAGGGGCCCCUCUGGCAUCCCGGGCUUGCAAGGACCCGCGGGUCCCAUGGGGCCUCAGGGGUUACCAGGGCUGAAAGGUGAGCCUGGGCUCCCUGGGGUUCCCGGUGAGGGGAAGACAGGUGAGCCUGGCAUGGCUGGACCCAUCGGCCCCCCGGGAAUGCCGGGAACGCCAGGGCUGAAUGGGCCACCAGGCCCCCCACCCGGGCCACCAGGAGCGCCCGGGGUGUUUGACGAGACGGGCAUCGCUGGGCUGCACCUGCCAGAUGGCGGCGUGGAGGGGGCCGUGCUGGGGAACGGCAAGCCCGGGAAGCCGCAGUACGGCCGAGGCGAGCUCUCUGCCUGGAUCGCACCAGCCUUCACCGCCAUCCUCACCUCUCCCUUCCCGGCAUCAGGCAUGCCAGUCAAGUUUGACCGAACUUUGUAUAAUGGGCACAACGGCUACAACCCGGUCACCGGGAUAUUCACCUGCCCCGUAUCCGGCAUCUACUACUUUGCCUACCAUGUGCAUGUCAAAGGGACUAACGUUUGGGUGGCGCUUUAUAAGAACAACGUGCCCGCCACCUACACCUACGAUGAGUACAAAAAGGGCUACCUGGACCAGGCCUCGGGCAGUGCCGUGCUUGAACUCAAGGAGAACGACCAAGUCUGGGUACAAAUGCCCUCCGACCAGGCCAACGGGUUGUACUCCACGGAAUACAUCCACUCCUCCUUCUCCGGGUUCCUGCUUUGCCCCACAUAA